AUGAGUGACAAUCGGUGUACGCUGUUCCCAAGAGGUACGGAUAUUGCAUCCGGAACUGGCCCCCAAAACCACAAUCAUGACGAUAGCAGAGAAAUAGAGAGCCACACUGACAUUAAUGACAAUCGAUGUACUGUUUUUCCGAGAAGUACGGAGAUAGGCGACAGUGAAUUUGAUACCAGAAACAUCAGUCAGUCCCAAAACAGGGAAGUGCGGCGCCUUAAAAAGCGUCAUUUGCCAGAGCGGUGGCUCCAGCUUCCAGUCAAGAGGACCGCCAAGGCUGAUGAGCCACGCCCCAAACGCCAAACGCCAGUAUUUUGCAAGGACCACACGCCCUGGAUGAAAUAUCAAAAGUUCAAAGAGGGAGCGAAGCCGGGGAAAACCUGCCUAGCCUAUGUCACCGACUCCCCGGGGAUGGUAGUUGCUAUGAAGGAGUAUAAGACUAGCGGUAUCGACAAGACGCACCACCUAAAGAUGAUCAGUCACCCAAACAUCGUGAAUCUCCUUGAUGCAUUCGAACAGUCUAGGACUCUGUAUUUAGCGUACGAGCUUAUGGACCUCUCGUUGGAGCAACUUCAGUCUGGCAUUCAACUAAAGGAGUCUGAUCUUGCUUUUAUUUGCAAAGAGCUCUUACAUGGGCUUUGGUAUAUUCACCGAGACCUCGGUGUUUGCCAUACCGCCCUCACUUUUGACAAUAUGUUCAUAUCAUCGCAGGGUAGCGUGAAGAUUGGUUAG